AUUCGAAGGCGAAGGAACAGUGAGAGAGAGGGAGAGAGAGAGAGAGUCAGAACCCAAGACAGAGUCGUCGUUAUAUUCAUUGCAAUCUCCAAUCCUAAGCUUCUUCCCCUUUCUCUAAUUCGCCGUUGAUGGUGGUUGGUGGUGGUCCGGCGUUCAAUGGGCGCCCGCGAACCAAAAUGCGUGCCGGAAAAGGAACUGGAACCGCCGCCGCCCCCGACAACGCUUUCGAAGGAGGACUCUCUGUGUGGCGUCAAACUCGUCGAUUGUCCAAUUCUGUUACUGGUUUUCUUCCACAAGGCGAUGCUGGCGGAGCUGGAGGAGCUCCGGCGGGUGGCGGUGGAGGCAUCGGAGGAGAGGGGCUCCGACGGCCGCGACCUCAUCCUCGUUGACUUCCGUGGGAGGUUUGAGUUCUUGAAGAUUGUUUAUAAGUAUCACUGCACUGCUGAGGACGAGGUUGUCUUUAUGGCACUUGAUUUCCACGUAAACAAUGUGACCUGUACAUACACGCUUGAGCAUAAAAGCAUAGAUGACCUUUUCAACUCUAUUUCUGAUUGCUUGAAUGUUUUAAUGGAGAAAGAGGAAAGUACUUCUAAUCAACUUCAAGAACUUGUCUUUUGUAUUGGGACGAUCCAGGCUCUCAUUCACCAGCAUAUGCUGAAAGAAGAAAAGCAGGUUUUCCCUUUGCUGAUGCAGCAAUUCUCUACCAAAGAACAGGCUUCACUUAUUUGGCAGUUUCUUUGUAAUGUUCCUAUUAUGCUGUUGGAGGACUUUUUGCCUUGGUUGACUUCUUUUCUUUCCCCACUUGAACAAGAGGAUAUUCUGCAUUGUAUCAAAGAAAUCGUACCUGAGGAAAAACUACUGCAAGAGGUUGUAAUUUCCUGGCUUCAUAACAAGAAGUCAUUUUCCUAUGUGGCUUACAAUGAAUUUGGGAAGGGAGCUGAUCUUCCUAAUUCACUAGCAAGUUCGAAGGAUCUGAAUCAUCUGAUUAAAGUGUGUGCGUCUAAGAGCUUUCAUGGAGAAAAAUGGUGGUUGAAGAAAGCUUAUUGCGAGACAACUGUUCAACACUAUCCUAUUGAUGGUCUUCGUAUUUGGCAUAGUGCGAUCAGAAACGAUUUGAAAGGCAUUUUGAAGGACCUACAUCAGAUAAGGAGAUCACAAGAAUUUUCAACCUUAGAUUCGGCAAUUGUCCUGCUAAAGUUUUUCACAGAUGUCCUUCUCUUCUACAGCACGGCAUGGGAUAAAACGUUUAACCCUGUAGUGAAUGAACUUGCCGAUGGCAUUCUAUCUCAAUACCUUGAAAGAUUCCAAGUUGAUAGUCAAAUAGAAGGAUUACAGAGGUUGCUUUACCAUAAUGACCAAAAUGGGAUGCAUUUGUGCAACUAUGUGGAGAAGCUUUGUGGGGAACUGGAGUUUUUUGCAACAGGAAUCAGCGAACACUUGUCUUCAUUAGAAAAAGAGGUUUUCCCGUUCAUUAGCAAGAAAUUCGCUCAUGAAUUCCAGCAAUUGCUCCUAUACACAAGUGUUCGUUCUAUGCCACUUGGGCUGCUGAAGUGCAUGGUUACUUGGUUCUCAGCUCAUUUGUCUGAGGACGAAUGCAACUCCAUUCUGCAUAACUUAAAGACAGAAGGUCCCCUAGCUGACAAUAAAAAUUUCACAUUUCUAUUGUGUGAGUGGAUACGCAGAGGCUACUCAGGUAAAACCUCUAUUGACCAAUUCAGAAAAGAGUUGUUAGAGAUGUUCAAGAGCAGAAGCUUUUUUCUCACCGAGCAUGCCAAGGAAGAUGACACAUUUUCGACCCAAGUUUCGAAUAUAAACCCUUGUAAUAGCUCUAAACCUGGAGCACCAAAACCACACACAGCCAUCAAGGCCAAGGAAUGGACGUCAAAUUCUUCGUCUUCUAACAGUAGCCCUCCUCAGAAAUAUGGCACACCAUAUUCUAAUAUCAUCAAUAUACAUAUUUUCUCCCCUCAAACAUCAAUGAUUUUAUUGCCUUUCCCCAAAAUUUCUUAUGAAAGAAGCGGAACUAGUUCCAUUUUCAAUCUUGAGCCAAGACCAGUGGACCACAUAUUUUUCUUCCACAAAGCUCUCAAGAAAGAUUUGGAGUACCUUGUCGAUGUUUCAGCUAAGUUAGGUGAAAAUGUCGGGGACCUUGCGGAUUUCUGUAGGCGCUUCAGACUUGUCCGAUUUCUAUACCAAAUUCACAGUGACUCAGAGGAUGAGAUUGCUUUUCCAGCUCUGGAGGCAAAGGGAAAGGCCACAAAUAUUAGCCAAUCCUAUACCAUUGACCACAAACUGGAAGUUGACCUCUUCAGUAAGAUUUCACUCAUCUUAGAUGAGAUCUCUGGGUUGCACGUUUCAGUUUAUGGAAUUGAAAUGGAUGUACUGGAUCAGAGAAUGCUAAACUACCAGCAGCUUUGUUUGAAGCUCCAUGAUAUCUGUAAAUCAAUGAAUAAAGUAGUCUGCGACCACAUCAACCGUGAAGAUGUUGAACUUUGGCCCUUAUUUAGGGAAUGUCUUUCCACCGAAGAGCAAGAAAAGAUUAUAGGAUGUAUGCUUGGAAGAACAAGGGCUGAAAUUCUUCAGGAAAUGAUACCAUGGCUCAUGGCAUCUUUGACAACAGAAGAACAGCAGGCAAUGAUGUCCUUAUGGCGUAGAGCUACUAGGAAUACAAUGUUCGAUGAUUGGUUAAAAGAAUGGUGGGGAGGUAUGAAGAGGUAUGAUAUAGCUAAUGUGGAAGACGAGCCAAAAGAUAUUUCUCCAUCUUGGAGUGCAGACCCACUGAAAAUUGUGUCCUCGUAUCUUUUGAACAAAGGCUUUGAUGAUCGAGACCCAACAGUGCGUGAAAAAAGUGCAACUCUCGAUGUGUUGGAUAAAGGACAGGUCUCCACUGGCAAGACUAAUCACCAGUUUUCAGAUCUUUCUGCAUUUUCUGGUGGGGUUGAAAGGAAGAAAUGCAAGGAACCAGCAGAGAUCAAACAAAGUGAUAAACCAAGCCAACAUGUUCAAGUCAGUCAUCAGGAGCAUCUUCCUGCAGUGAGGCAGGAAGAACUGGAGGCUACAAUUCGAAGAAUAUCACGUGACUCCACUAUGGAUCCUCAAAAGAAAUCAUACGUCCUCCAGAACCUUCUUAUGAGCCGCUGGAUUACAACACAACGGGAAUCUCAUAUAGAAGUUCCUGUAUCAAGUAAUGAGGAAGAAGCACGAGGACAGUGCCCAUCUUAUAAGGACCCAAUCAAAUUAGUUUUUGGCUGUGGACACUACAAGAGGAACUGUAAGCUAGUUGCUGCUUGUUGUAACCGUCUUUACACAUGCAGACGUUGUCAUGAUGAUGUGGCUGAUCACACUAUGGAUAGGAAAGCUACUGCUAAGAUGAUGUGUAUGGAAUGCUUGGUGAUUCAGCCAAUAGGCCCCACAUGCUCAACUGCUGCUUGCCACAACUUAUCCAUGGCAAAAUACUACUGCAGGAUCUGCAAAUUGUUUGAUGACGAGAGGGAUAUCUACCACUGCCCUUACUGUAACCUCUGCCGAGUUGGGAAAGGACUUGGCAUCGACUAUUUUCACUGCAUGACAUGUAAUGCUUGCAUGUCAAGGUCUCUUUCAGUGCAUAAAUGCAGAGAGAAGUGUUUCGAGGACAACUGCCCGAUAUGCAACGAGUAUAUUUUCACAUCUAGCUCUCCAGUUAAGGCCCUUGCAUGUGGACAUUUGAUGCACUCAGCUUGCUUUCAGGACUACACUUGUACUCACUACACCUGCCCAAUAUGUAGCAAAUCACUUGGGGACAUGCAGGUGUAUUUUGGUAUGUUAGAUGCACAUUUGGCAGAAGAGAAGAUUCCAGAUGAGUAUUCUGGCCAGACUCAGAUAAUACUAUGCAAUGAUUGUGAGAAGAGAGGAACUGCUUCGUUCCACUGGCUUUAUCACAAAUGCCCUCAUUGUGGUUCAUACAACACCAGGCUUCUAUGACCUGCAGCCUUUGAUUGUCUGUCAUCGAUGGUGUCAAAGAAUGGAUGCAUCUCAUCAUACUCUUGGGCAGGCUCUUGUUGGAUAUUUAACUGUGAUGAGGGUACUAAUUGAGAUUGCAUUACCAUUGGAUUGUUGAUGCUGUUGUUAUCCCCACUAUAUGGAUUCUGGACCCAAAGGGAAUUGACUACGUUGUCCUUAUCAAGGUACCCAGAGUUAUUAUAAGCAACCACAUUGUUGCAAUUUGGGUAACCCUGAUGUGAUGCCAUGGGCAAUGCAUUGACAGGAGGCUGCUGCUGGGGUGGAGCAGCCUCCUGGUGGAAGAGAGACAGCGCUUGUAUCUGCGAUGUAGAAUCAUGGACCGAUUCGAUCUCGUUCUGCUGGUUACUCUGUUGUCGGAAAAAUGCAAUUUGUGCGAGGACGGCGUAGAGUUCUUCCUCCACGUGGCGUAUCUGGUACUGGAGUUGGGAAAUUACGCCGCAGCACCCGUGGACAGGGUACUUUUCACGGAUCUCAGCUUGGAAUAUGAUGGACCUCAUGGCCUCCAUCUUUUGUACCUGGUCGAGCUUCUUUAGAAUCUUCACUAUGUUGCACACGCCGAACAAUUUGUGCGCAUUCUGGAAUAUCUUGGGGUUGUCAGCAGGGAAGUAAGGCUUGAGCUGACACUCGUCCGUGCACUUCCUCCUCUGGAACCUACAUGCGGCGCAAGCCUGGCUCGUGCCGCCCUUCAGGGUCAUAUUUGUCUCGAGAGAAUAACAGUACCAGUGGUAUGGCAAUGUGAAUAAGGAAAAAAUGGAGAUGAGGAAGGUGGUGAAGAACUUGUAGAAAGAGGAGAGAGAAGGGAGGAGAGAGAGUGUGUUCUCGUUGGGGAGGCCAAAAGGAGAAGGCCAUGUGGAAGGAUUGAUUUGGGAAGGGGUCUGGUAUUAAGAGCGGAUAUGCUGGGGAGUGGAGACUGAGUAAACAGAAAGGAUUGAAGAGAGAAGCGAUAUUAGUGGAGAUGGUUUUUUUUGUUUUUAAUUUUUUUUGAGUAUGUGACCGUUAGGGACAAAUGAUGGAAUUUUGAAGGGAGAGUCCUGAUUUUUGGGGGCACCUGUGGACACAACUAGGUCCUCAGUGUACCCGUAUUUAGUUAGUUAGUUCAUGGUUUGUUCCUUUUUGAGUUUUUGUAGUUUGAUUUUUGAAGCAGUUUAUUGUCAUAUCCUUUUAAUAACAAA